AGGAAAACCAGCCUAAACAGAAUAUCUCUGGGUCUGGAUAGCAGAAGAGGUGCAGAGGAGAGGAGACGACUCAGACGAGGGGUGGGGCUUCUCUUUCUUCUCUCCAGUCUCCACCAUAAUCCUAGGUUUUCUGAGGAUCUCUGUGUGGCAUCUAUCUACACGAGUAUGGUUUGUGCUUCUGUGUCCAUCUUAUCCUCCACAUCUUCGUUUCCCUCGAAUUCCAGUAGCGAAUCACCACCUUAUGCAACUACUUCUGCUACUACAAGGACUAGAUGCCUGAAGGUCUCGAGACGGAAGCCUAGAGGUUUGAAACCAGUUUCUUUGCGUUUUGCUUCCCGAGCUUUGAAGAUUGGAGCUUCUUCCAAGCAAUCAAUCGAAGAUGGUGCUGCUGAAAGCUUUCUGGAGGACAAUUCAAUUGCGGAUUUCAUGAGAUUCCGAAGAGGGAAUGGGGGGAGCAAUGGCGAGUUGCAGACGGCCGUUGUUAGCUACAGGAAGAAAUUCCCGUGGUCUCUGCUUCAGCCUUUUCUCCAGGUUGAUCUGGUAUCGACAAUCCAUAUAGCAGAUAAAGAGUAUUUUGCAACCCUUCAGAAGGAACUUGAAUCCUAUGACUGUGUCCUUUAUGAGAUGGUUGCUAGCAGGGAGAGUUUGGAGAAUAGAAGAAAACAAACUGCAACCAAAAGGCUGAAAAGUUCACGCUCGAGGGGUUUCAAUAUUCUUGGAUGCAUCCAACGGCAGAUGUCUCGAGUUCUUACACUUGAUUUCCAGUUGGACUGUCUCAACUAUAAUGGUGAUAAUUGGUACCAUGCUGAUCUUGAUUAUGAGACCUUCAAGCUUCUGCAGCUUGAGAGAGGUGAGAGCUUCUUUACAUUUGCUAGAGAUAUGACACUUAAAUCAACGAAGGCCAUGGUUCAGCCGUCGUCUAUUCCUGAAGACCUUGGUCCUUGGAGAUCCAAGCUUUUAUGGGCUUCUCGCGUGUUACCCAUGCCACUUGUUGGCCUCCUCAUAAUAGGAAGCAUCUGUGCAGAUUUGGGAAGUGAGACAUCUGAAUAUCCAGAGUUCGAGGCACUGUCAAGACUUGAUUUUAGUGCUGCAAUGAAGGUUUUCUUGGCGAAGAGGCUAACUUCUGAGUUCACAGAGGUAACAGCCGAUGUGGAGAUGGGGUCUGUUAUCAUUGGUGAGAGGAACAAAGUUGCAACAGAGGCACUCAAUAGAGCCAUCAAGGAAGGGCACAAUAAGAUCGCCGUAUUGUAUGGGGGUGGCCACAUGCCAGACUUGGGCAGGAGGUUACGUGAGGAACUAGACCUAUUUCCAUCACGAGUUCAAUGGGUAACAGCAUGGUCCAUAAGGAACCGGGAGCUUGAUAGCCAGUCGCUUCCAUUUCUGAAAACACUAGCCAGACUAUCUGGUUGGCCGCUGAAUAGAUAUCAAACCCUGGCACUGCUUAUCCUUUCUACGGUCCUGGCAUUGGAUCUCUGGUUCUGGGAGCUCUUUUUUGGCACUACAUUGAACUGGGUGUCUGAAGCUGCUUCUGUAGUCGGUCAGUUUGCCGAGAAUGCACAAGUUCUGUGAUCACCCCCCCCCCCAUCCGCUAGGUGUAAAUUUCAUUAUUUUAACAAGCAGGAAAGCCUCAUAUACACUCGUGUAAAUAACCAUAUAAUGUAACAGCAUUAAUUUUCUUAAGCAGUACAAAUCCCAAGCAGAUGUAUAAUGUAUUCAAUUACCUUUGGCUGCUCCUCGCCUUUUUUAAUAAUAAAUUAGAAAAAGAAUCUUACGGUUC